CCGGCACAAACAGCGAGCGCGACACAGCGCUCUCGCCGAGGCUCAUGGCGAGAGCGGAGCGUGCGCACUCGCGCAGGCUCGCCAACUGGAUGGCUCUGCUGCCGGAGGAAGCGCUUGCCCGGCGGGUAUGGGAGGUGGCCCUCCCGGGGAGCCACGACUCUGCGGCGCACGCCGUGGCCUUCUGGCACACUCUGCGGGCAUCGUACGCAAGCCUGCCCACCCGGCGGCUGGCCGGGCGUGUGCUGCGCGCAGUGGCGCCGGUGGCUGCCCCACUCGGGUGGAUCAUCCGCGGGUGGGCGCAGACGCAGGCGCUGGACAUUGCCGGCCAGCUCGCCGCCGGCGUGCGGGUCCUUGAUCUGCGGGUCUAUGCCUGGCACUCUUCGGCGGCAGAAGCAGGCGAUGAUGAGGCGGCGGCGGCGAGCGGCGAUGGGCUGCAGUAUGCGCUCUCGCACUCGUUUCCCACCGGUGAGGCGCUGGAGGACGCCCUGGACGCGGUACUCGCCUUUCUCGCCGAGCACCCGACCGAGCUCGUCGUCGUCCGCCUCACCGAGGACGGAGAGCCCUUCCGCGCCCCACACCUUCUCAUGGCCAUGCUCGACAACUGCAUCGCUCCAGCGCUUGCCCGCCACGCUGCCGUCGUCGCCGCCGUCUCCUCGGUCGAGCUCGAGCGCCCCAUGGCCGAGCUGAUCGCCGACGGCCGCCGACUGGUUCUUCUCUGGGAAGGCUCGCUCGACGCUCUGCCUGCCAUAGACACGUUGCCGAGCUAUAUGCUCGAGGUCAAGCUUGCCGCCCUCGACGCACGCGUCAGCCUCCUUGCCGAGAGCCCGCCAGCGCUCUUCUCCGAGAUCGACUUUUGCCUCACCCCGUCGCAGCCGCUCAUCCGCUCGCGCUACCUUCCGUGGCAGCGAUGCGCGCGGCAGACAUACGGCUCUCUGGCCUCGCUCUGUGAAGCCAUGAACAUCUCUGCCACCGAGUACGUCACCGCCCACGGCGCCGCCCUCGCCAGCUCGGCCUCGUUCCUUUCGUUCGACUUUGUGGACCCAGACCUGAUGGCAUGCGUCAUCUAUUCACUCUACGCCAUCGAUUGCCGCGCUCGCACUGGUGGCAAGUAUGGGACGCUGCACGCGCUGUGCGAUCUUGCCAACCGCUUGGCUUCUGCCGCCACCGCCGGGCGACAGCUCGCAGAAGCCGACUGA